GCGGUACGGCUUGUCCUUGAUGCGCUCCAACUUGACAUUCCGCUACGAGGUAGGCAAGUAGAAUAUUAUAUAGUAACAUAACUACGAGGAAGAGGGCUAGACGAAUUUUCGACAACUCGCAGUCCAACUCCAGGUUCCACAUCGAACCGUGGCAAGAUGAAGGCCUCAGUAAUAGCCUUCGCUACCGGGGCGGCAGCCUCGACGUCGUACUUGACGUGGAUGGCGGACUCAUUCAUCCAACACGGCGUCAACCCGACGCGGAAUUACGAUGAGGCCACUAUAUACGAGGGCUACGAGGCCGCGUACGCGCUCACCAAGGACGACAAGUACGCCCAGUGGUACCGCUCGCAGAUCGACGACUGGGUGGUCCUGGAGAACGGCACGAUUCGGGGCUGGCGGUACGACUACUACUCGCUCGACGACUACCGCAUCGGCAACAACAUCCUCUGGUGGUACGAGCACACGGGCGAGGCCAAGUACCGGACGGCGGCGGACGUGAUCCGCGCGCAGCUGGACCGGCACCCGCGGACGGCGACGGGCGGCUUCUGGCACCGGCAGCCGGCGUACCCGCACCAGAUGUGGCUCGACGGGAUCUUCAUGGCGGACAGCUUCUACGCGAAGUGGACGCGGCUGUUCGACGCGGCGAACGAGACGGCGUGGGACGACAUCGCGCGGCAGUUCGACAACAUCGAGGCGCACACGCGCAACCGCACGACGGGCCUGCUCGUGCACGGCUACGACGAGAGCAAGGCCGCCGUCUGGGCCGACCCGGUCACCGGCGCCGCGCCCCUCGUCUGGAGCCGCGCCGUCGGCUGGUACUUCAUGAGCCUCGCCGAGGUCGUCCCGCUGUUCCCGCGCGCGCACCCCGGCCGCGCCCGCCUCGCCGCCUACUUCGUCACGCUCGCCGACGCCCUGCGCCGCGCCCAGGACCCCGCCUCCGCCGCCUGGUGGCUCGUCAUGAGCGACCCCUACCCCGGCGCCCCCGGCAAUUACAUCGAGAGCAGCGCCUCCGCCAUGUUCGCCUUCGGCUGGCUCAAGGGCGUCCGCCUCGGCCUCCUCCCCGCCAGCGAGUACCUCCCCCCCGCGCGCAGGGCGUUCCGCAGCCUCAUCGAGCGCUUCGUCAAGGAGAACGAAGACGGCACGCUGAACUGGGAGGGGACCGUCAGGGUCGGGUCCCUGGGCAGCAACGGGACCUACGAGUAUUACAUCUCGAUCCCCAUAGUUUCGAACGACCCCAGAGGCGCCGGACCGUUCAUGCUGGCUGCUUAUGAGUUGGAGAAGUUAUAGAGUGCGAUGAGCUAAACGAACUAUGCAAAUGGUAGUCCCGAUUUCGUGCUGCAUGCCGUGCGGCGUUCCUACGCAUAGUCUCUGACCCCGAUAUGCUGUGUUUGUGCUACGUGUUCGACUCCCCCAGUGCUUGGUUAUCGUUCGACCUUCUCUGCUUUCUUAUCGCUUUUAUGUCGUGACCUUCGAGACAAACCACGAUGAUCGCAAGUAGUUC